AUGGCAGGAGGGGACACGCCAGCACCGGGGGACACCUUCACCCCUGUGGGUCUCUUCUCCUCCUCAGGGGACCGGGAACAUGCCUCCCGAGGCAAAAAUGACACCGCGAGGUGCCGGCUGAGGAAACAGGGAGCGGGAGACGAGGCUGCCGGGAUCCGGCUGCGCCAACUCUCCGGGACGCCUCCAAGUGCCCCCACGCGGGAUGGCGACAGCCCCGCCUCGGCGGGCCACCUCCUCGGGAGCCACCCGGGCUCCUGCCCCGUCAGGCAGGACCUGUCCCCGCUCUCCGGGUGCCACCUCGGCGGGGGGGCCGUGGGCGCAGCUGCAGAGCCCGCUGCCAGCGCCCCCCCCCGUGGCUGUGGGGGGUGCCGGGGUUCCCCUCUGAGCUGCCUCCGCCGCCUUCCAGGCUUGGCGUGCUUCGGCUGCGUGGGCGCCGACACCAACGCCACGGCCGGCCACGGCGCCGAGGGGCUGAGCUGCGGCACGGCCAAGGGAUGCACAGGGAACGGGACGCAGCUGCGGCGGCAGAGCCACUUCUCCCGGUGCCCGGAGGAGUACCAGCACUACUGUGUCAAAGGGAGGUGCCGCUUCCUCGUGGCCGAGGAGGCGCCGGCUUGUGUGUGCGAGCGGGGCUACACCGGGGCUCGCUGCGAGAGGGUGGAUCUGUUCUACCUGCGAGGGGACCAGGGCCAGAUCGUCAUCAUCUCCCUCAUCGUCGCCAUCGUCGCCCUCAUCAUCCUCGUCGUCGGCAUCUGCCUCUGCAGCCACCACUGUCGGAGGCAGCGUAGGAAGAGAAAGGCAGAAGAGAUGGAAACGUUAAACAAGGACAGACCUUCCAGAAGUGAAGAUGUGCGGGAAACGGGCAUCGCGUGAAGGAGCUCCCGGUACCUGCGGGCGGGUCCCGGACGGCAGCAGCGGCUGGCUCCAUGGGCGAGGGCUCAAACGUGCGGCGGCUUGAAUAAAGGGGUGGCGGAAAGGUG